ACCUGAAAGCCAUGUGACCUGCAGACGUUCUUUCUGAACGAGGUGCAUUGGAGAUAUUUGUGUUGGCAUUUUAUCUCCAUGUGACUGAAAAAAGACAGCAGAUGAUACCGGACACCACAGACGGGUUUGAACAAUGAGCGACUCCACUUUUUCCCUAGCAGAAGAUGUGGAUCGUAACCUCAACAGGAGCAUCCAUACAAACAAUGUGUGGAGUGUUAGUGGAAGCGGUCCGUGGCUGCUGGCGGUCAUCAUGUCCCUGAUAAUUCUGCUGACAGCUUGUGGGAACAUCCUGUUGAUAGCUCUGGUGUUCGCCCACCGCUCAUUACGCUGCACGUCAAACUGCUUCCUCGUCUCCCUGUUUCUUUCGGAUUUGAUGGUAGCUCUGGUGGUGAUGCCACCUGCCAUGCUGAACGUGCUCUGUGGCACCUGGGUGCUCUCUCCAGGGUUCUGCCCUGUCUGGCUUUGCUUCGAUGUCAUGUGCUGUAGUGCCUCCAUCCUGAACUUGUGUGUGAUCAGCCUGGACCGCUACCUCCUCAUUAUCUCUCCAUUACGCUACAAGCAGCGGAUGACCCCUCCCCGGGCUUUGUUGCUCGUGGGUGGUGCCUGGGGAUUGGCAGCACUAACUUCUUUCCUGCCAAUAGAGAUGGACUGGCACAGUCUGGGCCGUGUACAGGACCCCUCCGGGCAUGUCAUGGUCAAUGACACAGCUCCGUGGUUGAGCUCCUACUACCCAGCUUCAUACUUCCACGUCUCCAACACAGGCAUGCUGUCUUUACAAUGCCGUCUGCGAGUCACCCUGCCUUUCGCCUUGGUCGCCACGUUCCUCACUUUCUUCCUUCCAUCGACAGCCAUUUGUUUCACUUACUGCCGCAUCUUGCUGGCCGCGAGGAGGCAGGCGCGUCAGGUAGAAGCUCUCACGUAUCCUCCGUACCCACAACAUUCACCCGGAGAACCAUCCCGCCCUCCGUCACUCGGACACGCCGCACAAGAAGUAGACAACUACAGCCACCAGGAUCCUCCAACGAUGAGCCAGGCUCCGCUGUCGGUAAACAGUGAACGGCGUCUGGCUCACAGGCAGGGAAAGAAGGCUCUAAAGGCUAGUCUGACCCUGGGAGUUCUGUUGGGGCUGUUUUUCAGCGCAUGGCUGCCCUUCUUCAUUACCAAUAUGGCACAGGCUGUGUGUGAAUGCGUGCCUUCUUCCCUGUUCGACGCCAUCACUUGGCUCGGCUACUGUAACAGCACCAUGAACCCUAUAAUCUACCCGCUGUUCAUGCGGGAUUUUAAAAGAGCCCUGGGGCGACUCAUGCCCUGCUGCUGUUCCUCUCACAUCCCCAGACGCCUGUCUCCUCCGCUUUCCCUUUCUCUGCGCAAUUCAGGAGAGCCUCAGUUACAGAUAGAGCCGCCCUCGACUGCUUCAGACCCGCCGCAGCCACCUGCUACAGCCACGGACGCUGUAAACCUGCUUGAUGCCGAACACGCAGAAAUUCACCUGCCUUUACUUCUGCCCAAUCAAGUAGAUACGCUGGACUAAUGAUGAAAAAACACACACUGUGGACAUGUGAACAGAUAUAGCUUACAUGAGAAAUGAACUAGGAUAGGGAAAAAACAAAACAUGGCGGUAAGUGUUACCAUUCUAUUAAGGCCGCAUGUUAAAAUUAUCACCCUUAACGAAGCCGUGUGGGGGCGGUGUAAAGACAACCAAACCGAGGCAGCAUCACGAUGUGAGGAUAAGCAUGCACGUAGCCUGGGAUAUAUUUAAGCAGAAUUACACAGCCAGAAAC